GCAGUUAUUAGCAUGUUUGACUGAAGAUACAGUUAAGAGGUGUGAGUGGAUGAGAGAGAGAUAAAGAGAGAGAGAGGGAGAGUUAAAAUUAUCCACCCUAAAGCCAAUCCCUCUCAAGCUGAUAAGUGUGCUGAAUGGACUAACCAGCUUGCGGACCUCAAACUGGCAGGCAGGUAAGAGCUGUUUGGGAUCUGAUGGGCGGUUAAAAGCCGAAGUUAAAGCGAUUACGCUUGGCUUUCGGACACAGAAGUUCGAAAGGGAUCACCUGGCUGGCGCCCAACACCACUUCCCAAAAAACUGCAGGACUUAUCAAGAUACCUCGGUCCAGCUUUUACAGCUUGUAAACUUAACAUGGAGCCAAAAAAUAUUGGGUAAUACCGCAUUUUUGUAGGCAAAGAGCUUAAAGGUUUGGCAGCACCCUUUUUGCACUUUCAGAAUACUGCCAUUUAGUUUGUAUGCUUGUCUUCCAAAAUACAUUUUGGAAGUAAGUCUGGGAGGAGAUUUCAUCAGCAAUUUUAGGGUUGACAUGAAUUGCCCCACCAUCUUUCAAUCCAACGUUAAUGACCUCCAUUCAUGGUGUUCUUCAAAACACAGCUAAGGCGGAGGAGGAUUGUCUUUUGUCAAGGAAUAAAUUGGACUCAGGCCGAAUAUGGCCAGAGACGUGAGUCCUCUGAGCCUCAGGCCUCUAUCUGCAAAACCCCAGCAAUGGGUUGGACCCUCUCUGUGGUGUAUCCUACCCUUCUUUCCCCAACGUCUUCUAAUUUUCUAUUACUUUCUGUCAUGUGCAGUAGCAGCAACAGGAAGUUUGCCUGGUUUAGAGUAUGACUAUGGCAUUAGCCCCAAAUUUGUUUGCACCCCAAUUCCCCCAGAAGCAGACCCCAGCUGUUACUCCCCACCCAGUGUGCCCCAUGGACCGGGCAAUAGCGGCAACACUAAUGGUCACAAUGGCAGCAGCCGGCGAGGCAUGAUGUCUGACGAGGCCAAAGCUACCAUCUUGCACCUGCGUGAGAGCUUGGUGAGGCAAAAGGAGACCAUCCUGGACCAGCGAGAGACCAUCAGGGAGCUGACUGCCAAGCUCACCUUGUGCGAGAGCUUUGGUGGUCACCAUGGCACAGAUCGACAUGACGACCAUCACGACAACCAUCACGAUACCCAUGACGACCACCAUGAUGAUCAGCACGGGCAUCACGGCAGCCACCACCCGCCAUCAUCGUCUCACCACGGGACUUAUCACCCUAGCGAUCACCACUACCCCCAUGGCAGAUCGGACCCCCACAGAUCAGACCCCCACAGCAGGAAGGGCUUGUCGUACGGAAAACACAGCUCCUUCUCCCCUGAACAGACCGGCAAGACACUGCAGACAUUGAAGGAAAGGCUUGAAAGCUUGCAGGCUAGGAACUCCUCCAGCUCCUACUCCAGCUCUCUGAGAGAACUGCUACAGCGGAAAAUCACUGCCCUGGAGGAGCAGCUGCACAGCUACUACCGGGAUCACCAUGAUGAUCGCCAUGAUGAUCACCAUGACGACCAUCAUGGCAGCAGCCACCCCGAAGACCAUCAUGAUGACCAUCAUGAUGGUCAUCACAGAACUGGACACAAUGAAAACCACCACGAUGACCACCAUGGUAGUGGUCACCGUGAUGACCACCACAAUGACCACCGUGGGACUGGUCCCCGAGAUAACCACCAUGAUGCCCACCACAAUGACCACCGUGGGACUGGUCCCCGAGAUAACCACCAUGACGCCCACCACAAUGAUCACCGUGGGACUGGUAACCGUGAUAACCACCAUGUUGACAGUCAUGGUACCGGUCACUCUGAUGGCUACCGCGGCAGUCAUCCUAACAACAACCAUGGUAGCCACAGGAACACGCCUCGCACUAGUCCCCAUUAUCGCCAUAUCGAUUACGACCACAGGCGAUCAAACAGUCGGCAGCGUGGUAACCAUGGCUACCAUCGCAGCACCCACCAUGGUGACCACCAUAAUGACCAUCACAAUGAUCACCACAAUGAUCACCACAAUGAUCACAAUGGGGACUACCACGAUGAUCACCAUGACUAUCACCAAGGGCCUGGUUACCACGAUGAUCACCAUGACUAUCACCAUGGACCUGGUUACCACGAUGAUCACCAUGAUUAUCACCAUGGACCUGAUUACCAUGAUGAUCAACACGGGCCUGGUGACCACGAUGACCAUCAUGAGUAUCACCACGGACCUGGUUACCACCACGAUGACCACCAUGAUGAUCAUCAUGAUAACCACCACGGCACCAACCAUCAUGACGACCACCAUGAUAAUGAUCAUAACCCUCUGCAGCUACCCUCCAGCAGCAAAGAGACAACUCUGCGAGGCGCAGGUCACAGCAAGCUGGAGGCAGUGCUCAACAAACUACACCAUGGCAACACUGACCUUGGAAAUAACAAAAAGCUAAAGAGUCCCAGCGCUUUCAUGCUCGACUUCCCCAUGAAGACAAACUACAUGUAUGCAAGGAUGAAGCGGGCGGUGGUCAACGAAAUCUUUGCCAUGACUAUCUGCCUGUGGCUGAAGGCAGGAGAAAGUCCUGGCCUCGGUACUCCCUUCUCCUACGCUGUGCCUGGACAAGCAAAUGAGCUAGUGCUCAUCAAAUGGGGCAGCAACCCCAUGGAGCUGCUAAUCAACGACAAGGCAGUGACGUUGCCCAUAAGCAUGACAGAUGGGAAAUGGCAUCAUUUAUGCAUUACGUGGACGACACGCGAUGGUGUCUGGGAGGCCUAUCAGGACGGGGUGAAGAAAGGCUCCGGGCAAAACCUGUCAGGCUGGCAACCUAUCAAAUCAGGAGGGACCUUCAUCCUGGGCCAGGAGCAGGUAAGACAUACGGACACGAUGGGAGGACGUUUUGACGUAACUCAAUCCUUCAUGGGAGAGAUGUCUGAUCUCCAGUUCUGGUCCAGAGUUUUGACAUCGAACGAGAUCCACACCCAGGCGACCUGCGCAGGGCACCUAGUUGGUGAUGUGAUGUCCUGGUCCGAGGAAUCAGUGGAGCUUCACGGAGGGCUCGCCAAGCUCCCCUUUGAACCCUGUCAUUAACGACUUUCACUGGACCCCAACAACCAGAGAUGUAGCGUCAUCAUCCUGACAUUUUCGGUUUCAUACCCAUGUCACAUAUUUGAGUGGGAAAAUGUUAUUUUGUCAUGGAUCAAAGAUGGGGGAAUGAUUUUUUCUCCUUGCUUGCAGGCUAAGCCUUGUGCAAGAGGCAGGGCAGGAGGAGAUAUUUUACUUGUCCUAUAUAUUUUUGCCAUUCCUGUCAGAUCUUUCUGCCUUCUCCACCUACACCCUCUUUUCUUCGCUCUGAGGCUUCAGCUAGACAACUUUGAAGGCUCCGAGGUGCACAGGGCUUUGGAUUUGCUGGCUGUGUGGUGAUGACUACAGGUGCUCUGAGGGAUCCAGAAAACAUAAUAGGAUUUCAUUCCAUCAGAACAGGUCCAAAGGUUUCUUGUGGCCAUCGGCUCACCCGCACUAGCUUGUUUUUUUUUUUGCUAUGUGAGCAACAUAUACUUUACAGGGGGUGAAAGAGUGGCUUAAAGGCACAGGAUACAAAUAAAGCCACACUGAGAGAUGAUUAGUGAUGAUUCAUGCACAUUCCUCAAGUACUGACAUCGAAUAUCUGCUCAAUGAUUUGUGGAGAAAAAAGAAAAUGCUGUUGCAGGACUUUUUUACAAUCGUCAAACUAAGCUCAUACUAUUUUGUAUUGCACGUUGAGAUUUUGGCGGACUGUUUUUUAAUAGUAUUUCAUAUUGAAACCUUUUUAAAAAAUGUACUUGAUUUGUUACGUUUGCUGUAUAACCGUAAGAUUGCAGGACUGAGUAUGAUGUUUUAAACUUUUAGAAAAAAAAAAGAUUGACUUUGUCUGUAAGUGGAUCUAUGUCUCUGUUACAUAUCAGCGCUGGGUUCUCUGUCAGACAUGACAUGGUGUUGCCAAGACUCACAUGACUGCACCAUUCAGAUUUAAAUGUCCCUUAAGAUGUCACCGCGGUAAUUCUGUUGUCCCCUUGGCUACCGGUGGCUUACAGCAGGAUUUAACAGUGGACAACCUAUCUGAUCCUGCCUAUUUCCGACCAGCUCAAACCCCAUGGCAGACACACACACACACACACACACUUGCAAAUGCUCAGAAAAGAUAAAGAGGUGAAAGGAGACAUUAUGGAUCUCUGUUUGUAGCUGCAACUUCAUGGUUUUUUUUAACAAAAGAGGUUUUUGUACAUGUAAAUUAUAUCAGAUUAUGUGUUUUUAAUUAUUAAAAUAAUUUAUUUUGGCAUUCUUCACAUUGUAAAUACGUAGAUAGCACUUUCUUAAUGCAGUGUUAACUCUGUGGUUGUUUUAAAGCACAUUUUUGGGAGUUUAUUAUUUGUUCAUUAUCAUUUCCUCUGAGUUAAACUCAGAGAGCUGUCUAUUGAUAGUCAAAAAUGGCAUGUGUUGUUGCCAUGGUAAUAGAAUCUCUCAGCAUCAAGUCCACAUCAUCGCACUUCAGCUGUAAAUAUCUGCUGAAUGUUUUCUUCCACUGUAAUGCCAAGACGAGCAGCACUUUAAAACCUUGUUCCUGUUUUUCUUCUACAGACUUCAGUUUAUACACCUCCUGCUUCAACUGUCGUAGUUUGUAAGCUGCUUUUUAACAAAUGACAUGUACAAAUAAGAUAUACAAGGCUUUAUGCAUGAAGACUUGCUGAUUCUCGCCUUUGGUGUAAACUUGAAUGUCAAUUAGUUUUUUUUGUUAUGUUUAUUUUUGUGUCUUUGGCUGUAAAUAUUCAAAGUAUUACAGUGUGUUCAGUCAACACUCCCUCCCUCAUGUUUAAGCCAAAACUAUAAACUUAAUUGUAAUACUUGUCAGAAAGAAGAA